UUUAAAGCUGUGGAUGGAAAAAACACUUACCCUUCGUGAUUUAGGGAGACUGAAGGGUCACUGAUGCGAGUAGUUGACAUGGUAUUUGCUGAUCAUCUGGGAAAACCACAAGCUCUGUCGACAACAAUCAAUGGACACUACCAUCACAGCCGUUGAUCCCUCCUCUGUAUCUUCACCCUCUUCCUCGAAACAAUGGAAGUACGACGUGUUCUUGAGCUUUAGAGGCGAAGACACGCGCCGGACCUUCACCGACAACCUUUACUGGACAUUAAAAGACAACAUAGUCAACGUCUUCAUUGACGAGAACGAACUUCCAAGAGGAGAAAACAUAACAGAUGAACUGGUGGAAGCGAUCAGACUGUCAAGGAUGUCCGUCGUCAUCUUCUCGAAACGGUACGCGGAAUCCCGAUGGUGCCUUGAGGAGCUGGAGAAGAUCAUGGAGUGCAGAAGAACGCUUGGGCAAAUUGUUCUGCCAAUAUUCUACAACGUCGAUCCGACGGAUGUUAGGAACCAGACUGGUACUGUUGCAGAAGCAUUUCAGAAGCAUGCAGAGCGCUUCCAUGGAGAUACAGAUAAAGUCCAGAGGUGGAGAUCUGCUUUUACUGAAGCUGCAAAUUUGUGUGGUGGGAACCUUAGAAACACUGAUGGGUACGAAGGUAAGUUUAUAAGGAAAAUUGUCAACGACAUCACCAGAAAACUGAAAAACACAUACUUAAACGUGGCUGCCAAAGAAAUUGGAAUAGAUUCUAGAGUGCAAGAAAUCAUCAAUGAUUUAGAUGUUGGAGGAUCAGAUGAUGUCCGCAUUGUUGGAAUUUUGGGCAUGGUUGGAACGGGGAAGACAACGGUUGCAAAAUCCAUUUUCAACAGAGUUCAUCAAAGCUUUGAAGGUAAAAGUUUCCUUUCAAAAGUGAGGGAAGAGAGUGUGGUUAAACUGCAAAACCAACUUCUUUGUGAUAUCUUGAAACCGGCCAACAUAGAGGUAAGUAGUGUGGAUCAAGGAACCAAGGAGAUACAAAAAAGACUUGGCGGCAUAAAGGUACUUGUCAUAAUUGAUGACAUAGACUCUGUUGAUCAACUAGAAGAGUUAGCUAUUAAACACGAGUCGUUUGGUCGAGGGAGUAGAAUUAUUGUAACAACAAGAGAUGAACAACUGCUAAAGUUCAUUAGAGUCGAUAAGACGUGUUUGGCACAAACAAUGAAUAAUGAAGAAGCUCUUCAGCUUCUUAGUUGGCGUGCCUUCAGGAAGAGUCAUCCUAACGAUGAUGAAUAUCUCGAACUCGCAAAUAAGGUUGUUGAUUACUGUGGAGGGUUGCCACUAGCGCUUGAAGUUUUAGGUUCUUAUCUAAGUUCAAAAACCAAAAGAGAAUGGAGAAGUGCACUGCGCAAAUUGAAAAGAAAGCCUCACGGGAAGAUUUAUGAAAAGCUUAAAAUGAGCUACGAUGGGCUAAUUGACGAUGACGUGAAGGCUAUAUUCCUUGACAUAUCUUGUUUCUUUAUUGGAAUGAACAAGGACUAUGUCAUGACAAUAUUAGAUGGCUGUGACUUUGACCCAGAUAUAGGAAUUGGAGAACUCCAUGAUCGGUGCCUUGUAACUGUUGAUGAAGGAAACAACCUUAUAAUGCAUGAUUUGCUUCGAGAUAUGGGUAGAGAAAUUGUACGUGCAAAAUCUCCUACCAUCACUGGAAAACGUUGUAGAUUGUGGGACCAGGACGAUGUAAAAGACGUAUUGAGUAACAUAUCUGUAAGUACAUUUGCAAUCAAAUUGUAGUAUAAGAAUGUAUGCAAUGAAAGAUAAGUGUAUGCAUAUCCCACAUACAAAUAACCCUUUUCAUAUUUACUUCUUACUUGAUGGAUCCAAUUCAUGGCUUUGCUUCAUGUGUAUAAAUCGUCU